AUGACUUUCGGCAGGCUCCAGAGAAUCUUCCUGAAGAUCACGCCGAAGAAGCCAGCAGAGGAAGGAAAUGAUUGGAAGGAAGUGUCAGAAGCAUCUGCCCCACAGAACGAUCGGAAGCAGCUGUGCCCCCCGGGAAAUCCAAGUACCUCUGAGAAGAUUCACGAGACAUCUGGAAAUAGGGAGGCCCAAGAAAAGGAAGAGAGGCAAGGGAGAGCUCAUCAGUGGAGCAGUCAGAACACACACAACAUUGAUCGAUUACGUUCGUCAUCUUCUGUGGGACCCAAAAGGGGGGAACAUGCCUGGACCCACAGACUGCGUGAGAGAAAGCAGGUGGUGAUUUAUGAAGAGAUCAGCGACCCUGAAGAAGAUGACGAGUAA